UGUUCCUCACACCGACCAGUAUUCUGUUUAAUGACACGUCGGACACCCUGAACAUGUCAUUCCAUUUUUUGGGAUGACUGGCACCGCAAGGAAUAACUUCCAGGUUGGUUUCACUUUAAAAGGAUGCUCCGGGAUUUAAGCGUCGCCGUUUUCCUCGUCUGGGCCACGCUGGGCUCUCGCGCUACGGGUCAACCCUGCCUGUGUUCGGCCCUCGCGCCCUCCGGCCUGCGGGUCAACUGCAGCUCCUUGAACCUCGUGGAGCUGCCUCGCGGUCUGCCGUCGGACGCCACGGAGCUGCACGCGCAGGACAACCGGCUCACCUCGGUGCCUCCGGGCCUCUUUGACGGACUGGUCGGCCUGAAGAAGGUCUCGCUGUCCGGGAACCCUUUCCACUGCGACUGCGGGAUCCAGUACCUGAGGAGCUGGUUGCUAAGGAACAGGGACGUCGUCUCCGCGGAGCCCACCUGCGCCGGUCCGAGCGCCGUGGCCCGGAGAGCCGUCGCUGACCUCGGCGACGACUACUUCUCCUCCUGUGGAGGCUGCGCCGGCGGCGCUUAUGACGCCGCGGUGGCGGGGAUGCUCUGCUGCCUCAUCGGUCUGCUUCUGUGGAGCGUGAGGCUGGCCAAAAUGUCCACCGUCACGCUGUGCAUACACGAGAGGCAUUCGGGAAUCGAGGCCGAGCGUCUGCGCUCGCGGAGGCCCAAGCACAGGAGGAGGUCGGCGGGGUCAGAGGUCGGCGGGGAGUCCGUCACUUGUGCACGGGACGUAGAAAAGACACUCGGCGACAUGGAGUUACUGCCGCAAGUACUGGACACGUUGCACAAGAAGCACUGUGGGAAGAUAAAGGCUAUCUGAGAGGCCUGCUGCACUGGAAUAACACUACAAGUGGAAAAUAAAGUUGUUUUUGUAAUAGUUUUAAAUGCUAAACUGAUAACGCCAUGUGUCCUGAGACUUCUUCUGGGUUUCUUACAAAGCAACCUGAUGCUCAUCUGUGACAUUUCAUUAAUUUUAGGCAGAGCAUACACUAAUAUUAGAAAAUAUAAAAGGCUAUUUUGGCUUUUAAAUGUAGUGGCCUAAAUAUUCAUCAGUCUAUAGAAUUCAUGCUGUAUACGGUCCUGCAGGACUCUCACAAGAGGAAUGAGCUACUUUUCAAAAGAAAAGAGACGGUGCAUAACUUGGAGAAAGUAAUCUUCACGGUUCUGUCGGUUACAGAAGAAUGGACCCUUUCAGUGCCACCAUCAUGAUUAUGUCAAGGUGUUGGUAAGAUAUCCAAGACAAUAUUCUUUGACUGCACUAGUCAAAAACAACAUUUAAAACGUUUUGAAUUCCAUAAAAAGUGUAUGUUUGACCAUUUAUUAGCUAGACUGAAUAUCUUGCAGAAAUCUGUCAUUUAAUUAUACAAAGUCAAAAAUCAAUAUCCUUUUCAAAAUUGUCAUUUUUAGAUACUUUUUUAAAUAUCUAGAAUCAACAUCCUGGAUAACGGCAGUAUAAUUAUUACUUUUCCCAUUUCAGAAAAUCCAAUUGCUACGAUAGUUAUACCUUGAGCCAAGAUGAAAAACAUUCCAGAUCUCCAUAAUGUAAUUUUGACUAUUUAAAACACAUUAGGGCAAAAUAAAAAUCACAUUACGCAUAUCCACGAUUGACGAUAUGAUGACAAGCAUGGUCUGGAAUUAUGGAGACAUCUUCUUUGAUAUAGAAGUGUUUUGGUAAUGCAUGUAAACAUAGAUCAGUAAAUAUAUUGUUGUAUAAAAAUAUGCACCCGAAAAAAAGCAUAAUAUUAUCGCUCUAUGUGGUGCCAGAUGUCCUCAAUUUAAAUGAAUCAGUCGUCAGGAAUUACUUUCUUAUUUCACCAGCAAAACAAAAAACAAUUAAUAACGUUCUUCCCUCAUUCUUAAGAGCUCAUUUCACUUUAACUGAUGACGGACAGCGUUAACGUGUGUCUUGUGACCCAUAAACCAAUGCAUGUUAUUUGCAUAGGUGCAUGUUUUUAGAUUUGUUCAAACCUUAUUUUGAAAACCGGAAGUGGUCACGCUUUUAUUCUCCAACCAUCUCCGCCAAGUCUCGCUACCGCCUCUUUUCGCUCGCUUCCGGUCUGGGCGGUUUAAAUCAUGAGUGUAAUGCGGAAGUGUGAAAAAGAGAAAAGCUGGAGGAAAACUGUAAAGCGGUGUCCCCUGUGCGCAUGCGCAGUAUACUGAGCCGUGUGCACAGUCGGUUGACAUGCGCUGGAAAUACAGGGAUGGUGUCCCCUCAGGUGCCCGACAUAAUUAAAUAUUUUCAUUAUAAAUAUAUAAUAUCAUAUUAUAGUAUACUGUAAAAAUGUGAAUAGAGUAAUACAUAAAUCAUAAAAUGAUUUAUAUAUUACUCUAUUCAAUGAAUGAUGAUAUAAAGUGUCUUCUAGUAAUGUCCCAGUAUACAUUCCCUUCAUAAUAAAUGUAAUAUUUAUAUGUGUACAUGCCAUGGAAAUGUACCAUGAAUAUAUUACGAAAAAUUCCAUGUAAAAUAUUUUUUAAAAUUGUAUUUACAAUGUCAUAGAAAAUAUCAUAGUAUAGUAUGCUGUGAAAAAUGUCAUAAUAUACUCUCAUGGUUGAAUGCAUUUAUUCUAACAAUUUAAAAUGUAAUGUAAUAUAGCACGUCAUGAUAUAGUAAUUAUAAACAUGCCAUAGUAUAUAGUAUGCUAGACACAUUUCAAGAGAAGCCAAUAAAGAAUGUUAUCGUAUAGUAUGCCGUAAAAAUUAUAAUGUCAUACUAUAGUAUGGUAUAUAACUGUUAUUACUUUCUUGGCAUACCACACAGCCAUUUGUUUGUGAUUUUGUUCAUGAGAUACUAUACUAUAACAUUUUAAUGACAGACUGUGACUUAUGGCUCCUUGUUGCACACCAUAUCAACACUUUUUUGGGGGAAUACAAUGUCAUUUUUUUAUAGGAUGCUUCUGACAUCUUUUAAAUCAUAAAAUCAUUUUAAAGCGCCGCCAAUGUUUAUACCAUUUUUAUUAUGUGCUAUAUAUUAUGCCAUUUUAAUAACAUCCAAUAGCAUCGCUGCUCAGCCAUCCCCGGAUUC